AUGACAAACGCGGCAGGCAACAAACGCAAGCGCACUCUCACUCUCGCCAACGGAGAUGAUGUCGACUUGACUGUUAAAAUCUCGACAUGUGAUGAAGAUAUCGUCGAAGCCAUGCGGCUCCGCAUCAUUGAGCUCGAAGACCAGGUCGCUGAGGCGUUGCCGGCUGCUAAGCGGCAGAAGACCAAUGCCGGCAAGGCCCAGCCUGUCUCCGAAGCGCCUCCCGCCGCAUCUGGCUCCAAGACCGCCGCUGCCCCAGCAAUGUCCAAGGCGGACGAGAAAAAGCUCAAGGCACAGAUUAAGAAGCUCUUCGACGGACUCAAAAAGCAGUGCAAAUCUGCGGAUUGCAAGUUCCAAGGAUCGCGAAAGAGCGUCAAGCUAGAUGAGGUGCUGGAGAAGGACGAGUUCGACGCGAUCUUCAAGACCGGUGAUGGCGAGCUUGGCACGCUCAUCCAGCCUACCCCGACCAACAAACCAACGUCGACUGUGACCAUCAUCGAGUACUCUGGAGCAGACGCUCGGGAUCUCCUCACGAACGGAGGCGCAAACCUGGGCCAGCUUAAGGGUACGCGCUGGAGCAUUGGAGGCGGCCGGAGUUUCCGGAAGUCGGAGAAGCUCGGCGCAUGCGAUGUAGAGAUUGACUUUCUCGAGGUGCAAUACUCGCGCAACACGAUGAAGUGCACGCUCAAGUUCGAGGUAUCCGAAGUGGGCACCUGCGGCGCUGUAUAUGGUGCGUCGCACAAGUCGCGUGGCUUUGGCGGCUUUGGCAUGAACCGCGGCUUCUUCUUUUGA